AGAUGGGCUUAGGUCAUGAGCAAGGAUUUGGUGCCCCCUGCUUAAAAUGCAAGGAAAAAUGUGAAGGAUUUGAGCUACACUUCUGGAGGAAAAUAUGCCGCAAUUGCAAAUGUGGCCAAGAGGAGCAUGAUGUUUUCAUGAGCAAUGAGGAAGACAGAAAAGUGGGAAAACUUUUUGAAGAUACCAAGUAUACUACCUUGAUUGCAAAGCUGAAAACAGAUGGGAUUCCUAUGUAUAAACGCAAUGUUAUGAUCUUGACCAAUCCUGUGCCUGCCAAGAAGAAUGUCUCCAUCAACACAGUUACCUAUGAAUGGGCUCCCCCUGUCCAGAAUCAAGCACUGGCGAGGCGAUACAUGCAGAUGCUUCCAAGGAACAAACAACCUGUGGCUGGCUCAGAGGGAGCCCAGUAUCGGAAGAAGCAGCUAGCUAAACAGCUCCCUGCUCAUGACCAGGAUCCUUCCAAGUGUCACGAGUUGACUCCCAACGAAGUGAAGCAGAUGGAACAGUUUGUGAAGAAAUACAAGAAUGAGGCUCUGGGCGUGGGAGACGUCAAACUUCCCAGUGAGAUGGAUGUUAAACCUGGUGACAGAAGUUCACUUGAUGGUGGGGACAGAGGCACCACAGCUGAGGUGGGAGCCGUGGAGGAUAAGUCUUCAGCAGAUAAAAAAGAGGACUAUUCCUGUUAUUGCUGCAAGCAGAGCAUGAAAGAAGGUGAUCCUGCCGUUUACGCCGAGAGAGCUGGGUAUGACAAAUUUUGGCACCCUGCCUGUUUCAUCUGCAACACCUGCAGUGAGCUUCUGGUGGACAUGAUCUAUUUUUGGAAGAAUGGGAAGCUGUUCUGUGGAAGGCAUUACUGUGACAGUGAGAAACCCCGGUGUGCUGGUUGUGAUGAGUUGAUUUUCAGCAAUGAAUAUACCCAGGCAGAGGAUCAGAAUUGGCAUCUGAAACAUUUCUGCUGCUUUGACUGUGACUCCAUUCUUGCUGGAGAAAUCUACGUUAUGGUUGAUAACAAGCCCAUAUGCAAGCCAUGUUAUGUGAGGAAUCAUGCUGUGAUUUGUCAAGGAUGCCAUAAUGCAAUUGAUCCAGAAGUACAAAGAGUGACUUAUAACAAUUUUAAUUGGCAUGCUACCGAAGAGUGCUUUCUCUGUUCCUGUUGCAGCAAGUGUCUGAUUGGUCAGAAGUUUAUUCCAAUAGAAGCAAUGCUUUUCUGUUCAGUAGAAUGUAAAAAGAUGAUGAUGUCUUAAAGAGAAAGUGCUAGGUAAUUCUGAGCCAUUGCUUUCUUCUAAAGUGGUCUACAUUUCUACUGUAAAAUGGAAUUUGGGCAUUUGGAAAAAUAAAAAAGAGGGGAAAAAGCCUAUAAUAAGUUGAGAAAAAAACUUUUUUUCUAUUUCCCUUUCCUCUUUUUCUUUUUCAGUCUUUACUUUCAUUUUUUUAGAAAUUGUAUUAAGCACAUUCUAUUCUGGGGUUGGCAUAUCUGACUUGAGAAGGCCAACUCUAUCUCUGUUUCUUUUUCUUACUUUUUUAAGAUUGAAAAGAAACAAAUUUAAAAUUAAUGAAGAAUAUGUAUAGAUUCUCUGCACCCCUUUUUAUUCUACUUUCUGGUGGGUGCAAUAAUGAGCUUUUCUGAUGGUGGGGGAAUACACUGAAGGAUACAAAGUGCUUAUUAAACAAACAUCUCAGAAAAAUGUGUAGCUGUCAUUUAUUUCUAGACCUUGUAUAUUCACUGCUCAGUGAUGAAUUAUUUUCUUGGUUGUCUUGAUCAUUCCUUUUUUUUCUGUUUUCUUGCUCAAUCUCACAUCUCUAGUAAAGUAAAAAUUCCUCUAGUCAAUGACGUGCCCUUGAUCUGUGGAUAUUGUUUGUUUGGUGGUUGUGCAUGUAAUAUAAAAUUGACCACUUUUCAACUCUUUAUAGAUAGAUCUUUGAAAUUUUUUUAAGGUGAUGUGGUUUGAGUUUCAGAUAUUCAGUUAGAGCAUAUGUUGUCAAUUCUAGAACAUCUGCGUAUAUAUCUCAAGGUAUACUGUGGAGCCAAGAGAACUUGUGAAAUGUGUUAAUUGCAGUUGGCAGAUUUUGGAUUUGCUAAACCCUUAAAUGUUUUUCUUUUUUUUCCCCAAAUGAUAACUGUUCUGUGACAGUUGUAAUCAUGCUUAUUGGUAUACCUAAUUUCCUUUUCCCCAAAAGACUCCCUCUUAAAUAAAUAUUACAAUCAAUUACCUAGGUUAUUAUUUUACAAAAGCAUCCAAAUUAUCCAUACCUUAGUGUGUGUUUAUGCAUGUGUAUCCAAAAUAAAAAAAACAAAUCUUUGAUCAAUUUAA